GCGGGCAAAAUGUUGGAGCAAAACUGACAGCCAGCAUUGCCCCCCUUCACUUCCACUCCGUAGAUCAGGAUAGUGAUAGAGAAGCUUGCCUCUCAUCAAGGCUUCCAACAAUCCUCUAUCUAUCGCUUCCAAUUGCUUCCGCUCCAAAAAGCACUCGACUAAAGGUCCAGCUGAAACCCUCCACCUCAGAUCAUGACCACUACCAUCUGCACCCGCUUCACUGAGGAAUUCCAGAUGUUUGAGGAACUGGGCAAGGGAGCUUUUUCAGUGGUGCGGCGGUGCCUGAAGGUCCUCUCAGGCCAAGAGUAUGCUGCUAAGAUCAUCAACACCAAGAAGCUAUCUGCCAGGGAUCACCAGAAGCUGGACAGAGAGGCCAGGAUCUGCCGACUGCUGAAGCACUCCAAUAUCGUGCGUCUCCAUGACAGCAUCUCGGAGGAAGGGCAUCACUACCUGAUCUUUGACCUAGUGACGGGCGGCGAACUCUUCGAAGACAUUGUUGCUCGAGAGUACUACAGUGAGGCUGACGCCAGCCAUUGUAUUCAGCAGAUUCUGGAGGCAGUGCUUCAUUGUCAUCAGAUGGGAGUCGUUCACAGAGACCUCAAGCCUGAGAACCUUCUGCUGGCCUCCAAGUCCAAGGGAGCUGCAGUGAAGCUGGCAGACUUUGGCCUGGCCAUCGAGGUGGAGGGGGACCAACAAGCCUGGUUCGGCUUUGCAGGGACACCUGGUUACCUGUCUCCUGAGGUCCUGAGGAAGGACCCAUAUGGCAAAGCUGUGGACCUGUGGGCUUGCGGUGUGAUCCUGUACAUCCUACUGGUGGGAUAUCCUCCGUUCUGGGAUGAGGACCAGCACAGACUGUACCAGCAGAUCAAGGCUGGGGCCUACGAUUUCCCCUCGCCAGAGUGGGACACUGUUACUCCAGAGGCCAAGGAUCUCAUCAACAAGAUGUUGACCAUCAACCCUGCCAAGCGCAUCACAGCCUCGGAGGUUCUCAAACAUCCCUGGAUCUCACACCGCUCCACUGUGGCCUCCUGCAUGCACAGACAGGAGACGGUGGAGUGCCUGAAAAAGUUCAACGCCAGAAGGAAACUCAAGGGUGCCAUUCUCACCACCAUGUUGGCGACUCGGAACUUCUCAGGAGGUAACAAGGCCAACAAGAAGACUGAUGGUGUGAAGAAAAGGAAGUCCAGUUCCAGCGUCCAGCUGAUGGAAUCCUCUGAAAGCACCAACACCACUAUUGAGGACGAAGACACCAGAGUGAGGAAACAGGAGAUCAUCAAGGUAACAGAGCAGCUCAUAGAAGCCAUCAGCAAUGGAGACUUUGAGAGCUACACUAAGAUGUGUGACCCCAGUGUGACAGCGUUUGAGCCAGAAGCUCUGGGUAAUCUGGUGGAAGGCCUGGACUUCCAUCGCUUCUACUUUGAGAACUUGUGGUCUAAGAACAGUAAGCCUGUCCACACCACCAUCCUGAACCCCCACAUCCACCUUAUCGGGGAGGAAGCUGCCUGCAUCGCCUAUAUCCGCAUCACCCAGUACAUCGACACCAACGGCAUGCCCCGCACCGCCCAGUCUGAGGAGACACGCAUCUGGCACCGCCGUGACGGCAAGUGGCAGAUAGUCCACUUCCACCGCUCUGGAUCACCCUCCGCCAUCACCAAGUAAGCCAGUGUGGUCAGGCAAUCUCUCGUCUUCCCCUCUGACCCCAGCUGAGCUCUAGAGCAGGAGGGUUUGAGUGAGACGUCUGUCUGAGUGACACCGGUGGGUUACCAGCCAGCUUCAUGGGGACACAGAGGGACUCCCACCGACCGGCCUGAGGAACCACGAGCCCGCUCGCACGCACGCACGCCACAUCUCAUCUCUUUACUUGAAAUCAGUUUAUGUCUCCUCUCAUAUCCGUCACAAGCAAACCACAUUAGCGUCACACUAUGUCACGCUCUCAUGUAUGUACUGGAUAUGCUGUGUGUGUCAGGAACAUUUUAGCCUUGUUAUGCUGUCUCUCCGCUUGUUCUUCUCUGACUUUCUUGGUUAUUGUCAUACUACAGUACUUCAGUACUACAGUCACAAUUAGUACAAAUGGAUCUAUGAGUAGGAUUCAAUCUGUAAAAUAUAGCCAAGGGAAGUAGGGAUACUGAGUGUGCUGAUUUUUUAUAAUCCCCACAAAAUUUGUGAACUAGGCCUUUAUUACUCCUGUUUGCAGAGCAGAGAAAUCCCCCUCCCCUCAAUAAGAAUUAUCCUCAGCCACACCCCUCAUCGACCAAAAUCUCCUUAUCACCCACCCCCCUAAACAUCUUCCCGCGGCUCUAAAGCGCUCGCAGUAAUCGGCACCUACAGUUUUCCUUACACUUAAAUGUUUUUAUUCAACAAUGCUCCCUCAACAAUGCUCCCUCAACAAUGCUCCCUCAACAAUGCUCCCUCAACAAUGCUCCCUCAACAAUGCUCCCUCAACAAUGCUCCCUCAACAAUGCUCCCUCAACAAUGCUCCCUCAACAAUGCAGUAUAUUAAUAUUUAAUAAUAACAUUAAAAGUCCAGUCAGAAAUAACAAGUAAUAGUAAUAGUAAGAUAAAUAUGUACAUAAUAGAACAUAAUACUGUACAAAGGAGAGCAUCAUAGCACUUCCUUAGGUUCUUCCAAUGAGGACUGAGGGUAUAUACCAUAUAUCUUCCUCACUUUUUAUUGUUGUCAAUACAAACCCCCUCUCGCUUGUUAGAGCAGUUGAACUUACUUGCAGCAGACAGUGUAAACUACAGUAUUCUGCCUACUUCAGAGUAAGAAGCAAUUUAAAAAACACCACUAACACUGCCCCAGGAUUUUCUGCAAUAAGUUAGAUUGGUGUUUUUAUACUAAAUAGCGUGUUCUUCUGAUAAAGAUUUGUUGUGGAUUUAAAAAUGACAAUUCAUUUUCGAGACUUUGUUUUAUUGAUGUCCCAUUCCCUCUAUUUCGUCACUCUCCAGUGUUAAUAUCACUGUUUAUUGCAUGCAAGUAUAUACAUGAGCUUAGGAUCUUUCUGCUUGUGUUUCUAGUUCUCAAAUCUGUCAAAUGUGAUAUUUCAGAUGUACUCUCAGAGAUGUAUAAAUACUUGUAUCUUUUUACUGUUCGAAGGAUGUCAAAACGGGACAAAAAAAGAACAUGACAUUGCCUCUUAACCGCAGUAUGUGUUUCCCUGUGUGUUAACAAUAAAUGCCUCACAGAAUAUUUGAUUGUGCGUUGAAAAACUGCCAGAUCUGAAUUUGAUUGAAACAAAACGUGUUUACUAUUGGCAGUUCAACACAGAUUUACAUCAAACUUUGUACUGUAAAGCAAUUCGUGAAAAAUCUGCUGAAUACGACAAACAAAUGUUUUCCUCAAAAUAUUUGAUAGAAAAGGAUAAAAGAAGAACCACAACAGCCAAAUCCUCUGUGUAUGCUUUCUAGAACUGAUUCUACAGAUUGUAUACUUGUUUUAUACAGUAGUUUAGUAUUUUAGUGUGAAUGGCCAGGCCUACAGCCUACUGCUUUAUAACAGCAUAAGAACUUCCAUCACACUGCUGCUCUGAUGUUGCUGUUUCUUUCCUGGCACCAUUGAACGGAGCACAUUGAGGACCUUAUGGUACUGUAUAGGAGUUAUUGUAGGAUUUAUGUUAUUCUGGAUAUGAGACGCUUACUUUAUAUUAUUCUGGAUAUGAGAUCCUUUCUUUAUAUUAUUCUGGAUAUGUGGCUCUUUAUUUCUUUAUAUUAUUCUGGAUAUGUGGCUCUUUAUUUCUUUAUAUUAUUCGGGAUAUGUGGCUCUUUAUUUCUUUAUAUUAUUCUGGAUAUGUGGCUCUUUAUUUCUUUAUAUUAUUCUGGAUAUGUGGCUCUUUAUUUCUUUAUAUUAUUCGGGAUAUGUGGCUCUUUUUUUCUUUUUAUUAUUCUGGAUAUGUGGCUCUUUAUUUCUUUAUAUUAUUCUGGAUAUGUGGCUCUUUAUUUCUUUAUAUUAUUCGGGAUAUGUGAAGCUUUCUUUUUAUUCUAGACAUUUUAUUAUUCUGGAUAUAUGCUUUCUUUCCUUUGAAGCAUGCGAGUUUGUAAUGUGCUCGAAGUUAGUGUGUCUGUUUUUGAAAAUUAUUUUCAAGUCAUCAUUUGCAAUUGUUAUAUAAUAUACUGUGAAUGUGGGUCUGUAAAUAAAAACAUUAUAAUGAUAAGGUA